GAAGGAAAAGGUCAUUCAUGGAUUGAUGCCCAGGGCAGCUCAAACCGAGAUCUGUGCGUCUUAUUGGAGAGCCAGGUCGAUGGUAAACUGCAAGAAGGAGAAACCCGAGCUGAGGUUUCUCUUCUCUUUUUGGGUUUGGGAAUGAAUAAAAAAGCAACCACAGGCCAGUUUCCAAACAAACAGACAACGGGAGGAAUAGCGAAAAAAAGAAAAGAAAAGAAAUAA